UUAACCCACCCCACCCACCAUUUUAAACCGCAGCCCCUCAGUGCUCUAAGAAGUAAGGAGGAGGAAGAAGAUGGGACUCGCAGUCAGCAAAUGCUACACCAAACACAUUGUUGAGCCAAGAGAGCUGAGAGCCAAAAUCAGUAUUUUAGAAGGGAGGUUAAGGGAGAUAACAAUGGAGAAGGAGCAGAACCAGCAAUUAUUCUCUUUGCAGAGAAAAAGACACAGGAAGGAGGUGGCGAUGUUGAGGAGGAAGGUGGAGGAGGAAGAAGAUACAGUCAGAAGAUUGGAGGCGGCUGCGGCGGGGCUGCUCCACCACUGGUUCCGGCGCCGCCACAAGUAGAGAGAGAUUACAUGUUUGAACGCAUGAGAGAGGAGCAAGCGAGGAAGGAGGCGGCCAUGGAGAAGUGGAAACAGCUCUAUUUGGCUAUCAAGACUGAGCUUGAUGAACUCAUCCUGAGGACGAAGGAAGGGGGUCAAUUCUGUUGGGGAUUUGAACAAGGAGCUAUGAUAGAAACUCUAAAGGUUGAGCUAAAAGCGAAGGAGGAGGCAUUGCAAGUUCUUAGAACAAAGCUUGUAACCAUGGAGAGAGAAGGGGAACGAAAAGAGAGGGAGCUUGAUAUAGUAAGGCAAAGCCUUAGAAUACUAAGCAACACAAGAAGAAGUAGAGGAAGAAGGUAUAUGAAGAAAUUUCCACACAUAUGAAGGCUUCAUAGAAAUGGAAAGUAAUUUGCUUUGGGGAGAACAAAUAGUAUCAUCACCCAUGGAAAAGAGCACAUAACUCCCGGUCUUGUUAGAAGAUAUUGAAUAGUUUUAUCAUAUUUAGUGAUAGCAAUAAAAUUGUUGUUGGAACAAACUCGAAGAGAUUGUUUAGUUUUAAGGGUGCAAACUCGAUUUAAAGAUAAGAAUUUUAAAUUUUCAUCAUUUUAUAACCAAUACGAAGCCAAUGAGCUUAUAUGGCGAGCCAUAUAUAUACAUACGUCUAUGUACACGCAUGUAUGUCCGUGCU